CCCUAUUAUCUACAGUUUAUAUCCCGCCUUAACUACAGCAAGUCCAAAAGUAUCCAUUUCAGUCACUCAAACCUCACCACACCCGCUGCAAAAAAUUUCACCCAAACCCAACCCGAAUCAUGGAAUCGCACAUUUCCGCCCUAACCACCCAAAUGGACCGCAUCACUGUCCUGGACCAGGACCGCGCCCUGCUUAAUCUCAUGACCAUUAUCCGGGACCGAAACACCAACGAUCGGGAGUUUUCCUCCGCGGUGGAGAAGAUUGUGCGUCGGUUGAUCACGUCGGCAUUGAACCACGUCCCCGCCGAAGAAUACACCAUCACCACCCCCAUCGAUAAACCCUACAAGGGAAUCCGGUUCACAAAGGGCGUUUGUGGAGUGAGCAUCUUGCGCGCCGGAGCAUGUAUGGAGCAGGCAUUGCGGGAUACCUGGACAGGCCGUCUCAGUUUCGGUAAAUUGCUCAUCCAGCGCGACGAAGAAACCAGUAUCGCCAAGAUUUAUUAUUCGAAGUUGCCGGCGGGGAUUACUAAUGAUGUUGUCCUGCUCCUGGAACCCAUGCUCGCGACGGGCGGAUCGGUGAUCAAAGCCGUGGAGAACUUGACUAGUCAUGGGGUUCCAGAGGAGUCGAUUGUGCUGGUGAAUGUGGUGUCGUCGAAGAAGGGCCUCGAGGUGGUUUCGGGGAGGUUUCCUGCGCUGAAGAUUGUUUCGGCAGCCGUGGAUGCGGAGUUGACAGGUCAGAAUUAUAUUAGUCCUGGAUUGGGGGAUUUCGGAGAUAGGUAUUAUGGGACGUCUUGCUAGGGUGGGAUCAAAUUUGAGGAUUGGAUGGGAUGGUUAAUGGGAAUUUGCAUAUAGCUUUCGUGUUGCAUAGUUAGGGAUAUGGUUGAUUUAGGUUGAAUGGUUGCAUUGUGCAUAGGGU